AUGUUGCUGCUACCCACGUCAUGGUUGCUCAUCGCCUUCUGGGCAAUUGCCAAACACGCUUCUGCCGCACCAGCUGUAAGGAUUGGCUUGACUGCUGCGUUUGAUGGCGGUCCGUAUCUGUUGGAGCUUGUUGAGACUGCAGCAGGAGAGAACUCAUCGGCUUACUUUCCGUUGAUGGAUCGAAUCGCGAGUGGCUAUUUUACAACUGCGUCGACCGAUGUUGAGCUAUACCAAUCAUUUCUUCAAGUACUUCAAGACGACGGACACAUAACUACACCUCAAGCCUUGUCCACUUUUAACUUGGCACUGUCUUUACGAUCAGCGACGCCAAGGAUCGAGGCGCAUUAUCAACAUUAUGUCGCCGCUGUAGAACCAUUUAUUGAGCUCAAAAAUUGCGCCACAUGGAUUCUGCUAAACGGGAAACAACACUGCAGGUGGGAUCUUGGCACGAUAGUAAAGGAUAGGUCACUUUCAUCGGUUGUUAAAUCACUUCCUUUUGAUCGUACUCUUGGCGUAGGAAGAGAAGCUAUACUUUAUGCAGAUCCCACCUCGGUCGAGUUUCGAACGUCUCAUCAGACUCUGUCUCAGGCAGCACGCGAUAUGAAGUUGAAGUACCGAAUUAGAUAUCGCAGCAGCGGCGCACAUGUCAGAGAGCCAUUGUCGAUGAGUGGCUACGGUGUCGAGCUUGCGCUAAAAAAAACCGAUUAUAUUGUCAUUGAUGAUAGACAGGAAGGCAAUGGAGACGGAAAGGGCUGCUUCCGUUCAGAGGAUGUGCUUGAUGGUGAAUCAGAAACAUUUGACUUGAAACCGCUAUCCUCCUCUGAGCUGGCAGGCCUAGGAAUAAAGGCUGCAUCCUUCAUUCAAAAAAGUGAAGAGCCCUUCAAAAAGCUAGUGAAAAUGACGCAGGAUUUCCCAAAAUACGCAGCAUUUUUAGCGACUCAAAAUAUUUCACACCAUUCCCUUUCUGCUUAUCAACAAAACCUAGCAGAGAAAGUGCAGGGUGGCAUCAAUUUUCUUUGGAUAAACGGCGCCCAGCUUAUUGAUAGGCAAAUUGAACCCUUUGCGCUCAUUGACAAACUCCGAACAGAGAGGAAAUUAGUCGACGGAAUUAGGGAUUUAGGUUUUGAUGCAGAUCAGGCUGUGGCCCUACUAGGUCAUAAAGCUUUGUCAUCUGCGAAAGCGGAUGAAGAACCCUUAAGAUACGAUUGGACCGAUCGGCAGGAGAAAGGACGUGCAAUCAUUUGGUUGAAUGACUUGGAGAAAGAUGACAGGUAUUCAUCGUACCCCAAAUCUUUAUCAUCACUCUUACAACGGACAUUUCCCGGUCAAAUUCCUCCGAUUGGAAGGAAUAUAUUCAAUGUAGUUUUCUCCGUCGACUUUUCCAGCGUCGAGGAUUUCAGUUUUCUCGCAGAAGUAACCGCAAUAAUUUCUCGAGGCAUUCCCAUCCGAUUCGGAAUCGUUCCUCUACCGAUGUCCGACAAAGCUAAAGCCCAAGCUAAGAUAGCAUAUUUUCUCAACAACAAUUAUGGCACUGCCUCUCUGCUACCCUAUUUGGAACGUCUCUCCAAAGCCCAUAAUGAAGGCAUAGAUGAAUCUAUGUUGUCUUUUGUUACUGCUUCUCGUCAGAUUUUGCCCGAAGGUCAACAUAUGUCGCUUGACGCGAUACUCGAAGCUGAAGAAUAUAUUGAGCAUCUUCGAUAUGCCGGUCAAUGGGUCUCUAGACUUCAAGGCGAUACUGCAGUUCGACCCUUGUUUAUAAACGGAAUUACAGUCCCUCAAGACCAAGGCUGGAUGCAAAGCAUGAGCAUGGCUCUAGCAGGAGAUCUUCAGACCUUGCAAAAGGGGCUAUAUCAUGGUGUUCUGGAAGAAGACACCUCUGUCGUUGAUAUAUUUCUUGAUCGCGCAGCACCGCGACGAAACGUGUACAUUUCACUUGCAGACGAGAAAAGUCUAAGGGUGCUGAACCUUGCAAAACUCCACAGCGAAAAUAGAGCCUUUUUCGAUAUAUUGCCUGUCAUUGAUUCCGACCCAACGGCCUCUAAAGAGGACUGGGCUGUGGUCACUGUACUUGCAAACAUGACUUCUGAUUCAGGACUCAGCCUUGUUCAGUCGGCAUUGCAAUUCAGGCGACUUAACCCAGCUGUUCGAAUUGAAUUCAUCGAUACGCAGGAAGAUGCUAUGGCCUCAUCACGAGUGAAUGCAGCAAUGAAAGAUGUUGAAGAGAAGCUGAAAGACGUUAAGUCUCUGGAGGAACUGAAAAGCCUUGUCAGGGCGGCACCAGAGUAUGAUGCCAGCGAAUUUUAUGCUAGAGAUGUCAUUAAGGUAUUGGCCGAAUCCAAACUAACCCUCGGAUCACAAAGUGUGAUCAUCAAUGGGCGAGUGGUGGGACCAAUAGCCCCCUCGAGCCCUUUCCUCGCAGACGAUUUUGAGGAGUUGUUAUCGUUUGAGAGAACGCGCCGCAUCUUGCCAGUUUAUGCAGCAAUUGAAGAAUUGGGUCUGAGGGAGAAGAUCAAUGACUCAACUGCAGCAGCCAAACUUGGCUCAAUUAUAGCGCUCUCCGCUAUUUCCGAUCUACCAGAGGGAAUCUUCGAAUCAGCACCUGCGACUCGUUCCACGGUUUAUAACACGUGGAAUACAGAAGACAUAGCCAUAGAAAAAGGUGACCCCAAAACAGCGAGCAUACAUAUCAUCGGGCUCUUGGACCCUGCCAGUGAAAAGGCACAAAGAUGGGCGCCCAUUCUGAAGAUUUUGUCAGAAUUGGACGGAGUGUAUGUUAAACUAAUUCUAAAUCCCCGAGAUGAAAUCGAGGAGCUCCCUGUGAAACGCUUCUUUCGUUACGUCUUCGAGCCGAAACCAAUCUUUGACGAGGACGGAAGAAUCAAGGCACUAGAAGCAACCUUUGCAGGACUUCCAUCGGAUGUUUUGAUGACUGCUGGCAUGGAUGUUCCGCCAGCUUGGUUGGUUGCACCAAAAUCGUCAGCACAAGAUCUCGACAACAUCAAACUAAGUGCAGCUAAAUCAGACAUCGAGGCAACUUAUCAGCUCAAGCAUAUUCUGAUUGAGGGACACUCCCGUGAAGACAAGGGCUCAGCUCCACGAGGUGUACAGCUUGUUCUUGCAACAGAUACUCAACCCUUCCUGACCGACACAAUAGUUAUGGCGAACUUGGGUUUCUUUCAAUUCAAGGCCAACCCUGGCGUUUACAGCAUUCGGCUGAAGGAAGGGAGAAGCCAUGAUAUAUACAAUGUUGAGAGCAUAGGUGCCCAUGGUUGGGAACCAGUACCUGGUGAUGAAGGGACUGAGCUAACUCUGAUGGACUUCCAAGGCGUCACUGUCUACCCACGACUUAAGCGCCGGAAAGGGAUGGAGAGGGCUGAUGUUCUGGAGAAUCACGACAGGCAUUCCGGAACCAACAUAGUUGCCAGGGGCUUCAAGUACGCAGAGAGUCUGUUAGGCAAGUUUGGCAACGAAAAAAGCAAAUCUCUCUUGCAAAAAGAGCAAGCAGAGAUCAACAUAUUCUCCGUGGCUAGUGGACACCUGUAUGAGCGUAUGCUCAACAUCAUGAUGGUGUCAGUUAUGCGGAAAACGAAACACAGUGUCAAGUUCUGGUUCAUAGAGCAAUUUCUCUCACCGUCCUUCAAAGAGUUUAUUCCGUACCUAGCCAGAGAAUAUGGUUUUAAGUACGAAAUGGUUGCGUACAAAUGGCCCCAUUGGCUGCGACAACAAACAGAGAAGCAAAGAGAAAUUUGGGGCUACAAGAUUCUCUUUCUGGAUGUUCUGUUUCCGCUUUCCCUGGACAAAGUGAUAUUUGUCGAUGCUGAUCAAAUUGUCCGUACUGAUAUGAUAGACUUGGUCAAUAUCGAUUUGAAUGGGGCUCCUUAUGGCUUCACCCCAAUGUGUGAUUCCCGAACUGAGAUGGAAGGAUUUCGAUUCUGGAAGCAGGGUUACUGGGCUAACUAUCUUCGUGGGAAGCCCUAUCACAUAUCUGCGUUGUAUGUCGUGGAUCUGCGGCGCUUCCGAGAAUUGGCAGCCGGUGAUCGUCUCAGACAGCAAUAUCACGCCCUUUCCGCCGAUCCAGCCAGCUUGUCCAAUCUCGACCAAGACUUGCCAAAUCACAUGCAAUUUCAGAUCCCCAUACAUAGUUUACCGCAGGAAUGGUUGUGGUGUGAGACUUGGUGUAGUGAUGACGAUUUGUCGAAAGCUCGGACGAUUGACCUUUGUAAUAACCCUUUGACAAAAGAACCAAAGUUGGACAGAGCAAGGAGACAAGUGCCGGAGUGGACAAUAUAUGACGAAGAGAUCGCAGCUCUUCAAACAAGGCUCAAGGAGAGAAAUACUACAUCAAGAACAGUGUCUGUGCACCCGAAAGAGCCACAAACAGAUAUUCAGCUACAAAGGGAUGAAUUAUAG